CAUCUUUCUCGAGCAGACACAAGGAGUAGCAUACUGUAGCUGAUCCGACAAAAUGGCCAAGCUCGUCGUCCUCGCCGUGCUCGCCUCGUUGAUCAGUACCGUUUCGUGCCAAUCUUGGACGUGGUCAAUCUACAAAAGCUGGGGCUAUCCCAGUCCCACAUGGGGGACCCCAUGGACUUACAAUUCUGCACCGACGACGUGGACGACCCCUCCCCCACCUCCAUCUUCCAAUGGCCUCAAGGUCGGCUACUACGCCGACCACAAUUGCUCUAACGCAGAGAACAUCGUGAGGGCUGCCGUGGAGAAAGCCAGCGCUGGCAUCCUUGCCGGGCUCAUCCGCCUCGCCUUCCACGACUGCUUCGUACGGGGGUGCGAUGCCUCCGUUCUUCUCGAGGGCUCAGAUAUGGAGAAGCAGGGUUUCCCGAACCUGAGCCUGCGUGGCUUCGACAUCAUUGACGCGGCGAAAGACGCCCUCGAGAAGGAAUGCCCGGGCGUGGUCUCAUGCGCCGACAUCGUCUCCUUCGCAGCUCGCGACGCUAGCUACAUCCUCAGCUACAAGAAGAUCAACUACACCGUGCCAGCCGGCCGCUUCGACGGGAAAGUGUCGUUCGCCAAUGAGACCCUGGGACAGAACCUGCCCCCGCCCUUCGCCGACCUGGCUACGCUCAAAAGGAUGUUCGCUGACAAGGGGCUCGACCCAACUGACAUGGUCGUGCUCUCUGGUGCCCACUCCAUCGGCAUCUCCCACUGCCCCUCCUUCUCCGACCGCGUCAACCCGCCGGCCAGCCCCUCCCCGUCGAUGGACUCCAAUCUCGCCAAGAAGCUGAACCAGACAUGCGACACUCCCAACAACGCAACCACCACAGUGCCGCAGGAUUCUGUGACCCCCGACGCAUUGGACAGCCAGUACUACAAGAACGUUAUGUCCGGCAAGGUGCUCUUCACCUCCGACGCGGCGCAGAAUUCGUCGGAGACGCUGGAGCUGGUGAAAAAAUAUGCCGGGUCAGAUGAUUGGAACACAGCCUUUGGAGCAGCCAUGGUGAAGAUGGGCUACAUCGGGGUGAAGAGCAGCAAAGAGGGCGAGAUCAGGAAGAAGUGCGGGGUUAUCAACAAGUCCUAAUAGUGUCGUGCCUACAGUACACUGGUUUUUGAUCUGGCCAUCUUUGACGCGUAGGCUGGUCAGAAUAAUAUUUUCGUCCUCCUUUCAGGUUUAUACUUUCCUUCCAACAAAAAGGUUCCUUUGUUUAUUUGUAGUACCAUGUUGUAAUUAAUUUUGUCUGGCCACUACCUCCAACGCCGGCAUUAUUUAUUAAUGAGAUUCACCAGUUAAUUUUAUA